AUGGCGUCGAACAUUUUAUUCAAAUCAUUUCAAGAAGGAGAUGAUAUUAACUGCUUCUUGGAAAGAAUGGAGCAACACUUCACGGCAAACGACAUUGACAAGGUAAAACAAUUACCUACAUUACUUAUAUCGUUACAUCAAGAUGUGUAUAAAAUUUUGAAAAGCAUGGUGCAUCCAUCUUUGCCAAAGGAAAAAAGUUAUAAAGAAAUCGAGGAAGCGUUAAAGUUAAGAUUCCAACCAAGAGUGUCACAUUUUCGAAAAAGAAUAAGAUUCUACAGCUUACGGCAAGCGGAAGGAGAAUCAGCAUCAAAAUGGUUUACAAGAGUAAAGGAAGCUGCAACGGAAUGCAACUUUGAAAAGAAUAUUGAAGAAAAUGUAAAGGAUAAAUUCGUUACGGGGCUGAGACCAGGACCCAUACAAGACAGGUUAUGUGAGGAGACAAUAACAAGAAAUAUCAAGGAAUUAUUGGAUAUAGCCUUAAACAAAGAGUCAGCUUAUCAAGAAAAUAAGGAGUUGGUAAUUGUUAAUAAAAUUUCUAGUAAAUCCAAUAAGAAACAAGAUUGUUCACAGGUAUAUAAUAAACAAAAGAGCGACAGGAAAGCUCAGGAUAUUUUAAAAUGUAUACAUUGUGGAAAACCUAACCAUUCAUUUGCUAAAUGUAAGUACAAAACCUAUAAAUGUAAAAUUUGUAAUAAAAUUGGGCAUCUAGCUAUAGUAUGUAAAAAUAAGCCCACAAAUAGUAUAGACAUUAGGGAAGAACAAGUAGAUAUGUUUAUGAUGGUACCAAUAACAGAUGUUAAUCAUAUUUCUCCAUUUAUGGUAAAGUGUUAUGUAAAUUCAAUCCCUUUAAACAUGGAAUUGGAUACAGGUGCAGCCGUUUCCUGUAUAACAAAAAGAAUUUAUAGUGAGAAAUUUAGUAAUGUUAAAUUAGAAGGAACUCCAUUAGUAUUGAAAACUUAUAGUGGUGAAAUAGUAAAGCCUGUUGGUAAAAUUUCAGUUGCAUUGCAAGUCAAUGAAAGAAAAUGUAAUUGUUCUUUGUUAGUGGUAGAAAAUGGGUGUAGAAAUCUUUUUGGUCGGGAUUUAAUGAAUAUAUUAAACAUAAAUUUGAAAGAGUUAACAGAUUUGAAUUCAAUAGAUUCACUAAAUUUAGAAAAUAUUUUGCAGGAAUAUUCAGAUGUUUUUAAAAAUGAGCUGGGUGUUAUUAAAGGUGAAAAGAUUCAUUUAGAAUUAAAAGAGAAUACAGAACCUAUUUUUAUGAAGCCUAGACCCAUUCCUUUUUCUUUUAAAGAUAAAGUAGAGCAUGAGUUAACAAAGUUAGAGAACGAAGGAGUUAUUACCAAGGUGGAUAAUUCAGAUUGGGGAACAUCUUUAGUACCGGUUAUUAAGGAGAAUGGUCAAUUAAGAUUAUGUGCUAAUUAUAAAGUGACUGUUAACAAAUAUUUAAAAGAUGUAAAUCACCCAAUACCUAGAAUUGAAGAAAUAUUUACAGCUCUGCAGGGAGGUCAGAAUUAUAGUAGAUUAGAUCUUCGAAAUGCUUUUAAUCAUUUAAUAUUAGAUGAAGCUACAGGAAAACUGUUAGCUUGGUCUACAUCAAAAGGUAUUUAUAAAUUAAAUAGAUUACCGUAUGGUACUAAGCCAGCUAGUGCUAUAUUUCAAUCAAAACUUGAGAAAAUUUUGCUAGGAGCUAAAGGGGUAGUCAAUUUUAUUGAUGAUGUAGUGGUUACGGGUGUCAAUGACCUUGAGCAUCUUCAGAAUUUAAGAGAGGUUUUAAAACGUUUUAAGGAUGCAGGCAUAAGACUUAACAAAAACAAAUGUAUAUUUUUUCAAAAGGAGAUAAGGAAUAAGCCCUUAAGAUUAGCAUGUGACGCAUCAAAUAAUGGUAUAGGUGCUGUAUUAAGUCACAUUAUGUCAGAUGGUUCAGAGAGACCUAUUACUUUUAUAUCUAGAGUGUAUACAAAAGCAGAGAGAGGAUACUCAAUGAUACAUAAAGAAGCAUUAGCUUGA